CACUUCCGGCCGCUGCAUGUGUUGUCAUAGCGACCAUUUUACGUUAACUGGCUUGUAGUGUCUAAGCAGGGGUCCUGGCGACUGCGGGGGCCGUGCUGCCUGAGUUCUCCGUCCGCUUCCUGCGGCCGAAAGGCUCGAGCGGGCCGGGGGAGUCUGGCCUAGGCAUCCGCGUCGCCCGGUGUGGGCGGGAUGGCUGCGGAAGAAGAGGACGAGGUGGAAUGGGUGGUGGAGAGCAUCGCGGGGUUCCUGCGGGGUCCGGAUUGGUCCAUCCCCAUCAUGGACUUUGUGGAGCAGAAAUGCGAAGUUUUUGAUGAUGAAGAAGAAAGCAAAUUGACCUAUACAGAAAUUCAUCAAGAGUACAAAGAGCUAGUUGAAAAGCUGUUAGAAAGUUACCUGAAAGAAAUAGGAAUUAAUGAAGAUCAGUUUCAAGAAGCAUGCACCUCCCCUCUGGCAAAGACACGCACAUCACAGGCCAUUUUGCAGCCCGUGUUGGCAGCAGAGGACUUCACUAUCUUUAAAGCAAUGAUGGUCCAGAAGAACAUUGAGAUGCAGCUUCAAGCCAUCCGGAUAAUCCAGGAGAGGAAUGGUAAAGUUAGAAUCCGAGUACUAACUGGAGGCUUUUGGAGGCUUGAUUUUCACUUAGGAGGCAGAGGCAAGCAGUUCUCUGAGUUUGAGGCCAGCCUCGUUGGUCUACAAAGUGAGUUCCAGGGCAGCCAAGGCUAUAUAGUGAGACCCUGUCUCCAAAAACAAAACAAAACAGAUUUACUUUUAACUUUAUGUUUCAGAAAAUCAAAAGAAGAAUAUGACCAGGAGGAAGAAAGGAAACGAAAAAAGCAGUCAUCAGAGGCUAAAAUGGAAGACCCAUCAGUGUAUACUCCUGAAGCUGCAAAAAUGAGUAAUUCCCAAGGGGAUGGAGAACAUUUUGUUCAGCCACCUUCAGAAGUUAAAGUGCAUUUUGCUAAUCAGUCAGUACAACCCUUGGCAAGAAAGAUGGAGCUGCUGCCUGAAACUUCUUCCCUCCCACAAAAAGGUCUGAAGAUUCCUGGUUUAGAACAUUCGAGCAUGGAAGGACCAAUAGCAAAUCUGUCAGCACUUGGAACAGAAGAGUUACUGCAACGAGAACACUAUCUCAAGCAGAAAAGAGAUAAGCUAAUGUCCAUGAGAAAGGAUAUGAGGGCAAAACAGAUCCAGAAUACUGAGCAAAAAGGAAAGCCUACCAGGGAGGUGGAGGAAAUGACAGAGAAGCCAGAAAUGACAGCAGAGGAGAAACAAACAUUAAUAAAGAGGCGACUACUUGCAGAGAAACUUAAAGAAGAAGUUAUUAAUAAAUAAUAUGAAGAGUUAGCAAAACAGUCCAAAUUUUCUUAAAAAUAAAUUAUUUAAUCCUUAAACAA